AUUAUAAUGAGAGUAGUGUCCCUUGUGGUCUUCAAGCAUGGCGGCAGCUUUUAUAGUAGUUAGGAAAGAAGAUCUUGAAGCACAACAGAAUGCAGAAUCUUGUCAGACAUUGAGGUGUCUUACUUCUGAACUGGGUUGCCUGACUCGCUCAGAUGGCUCUGUAAGUUUUUCCCAAGGUGACACAACAGUGCUGGCUGUCUCCUAUGGACCAGCUGAAGUGCGAAUCAACCAGGAGCAAUAUGACAAAGCCACAGUUGAAGUUGUUUACAAACCUAAAGUUGGCUUACCUCGACCCAUCGAUAGAAAACGGGAGGCCAUACUUAAAUCUACUUUGGAAGCUGCCAUCGUCACAAGUCUUCACCCUCGUUCAUCCAUCUCUAUCAUUAUACAGGAAACAGAAGACUUGGGCUCCAACAUGGCCUGCUGCAUUAAUGCAGCCUGCCUUGCUCUACUUGACGCUGCUGUUCACAUGGCCUUCAUGGUUGCAGCUGUUGCAGUGUCAGUCAUGGAGGAUGGCCAGAUAAAACUGGACCCAAACAAAAAGGAGGAGCUGGAAGGUCGUGCCACAUUAACAUUUGUGUUUGACAGUGCAGACUUAAAAGUUGUAUCCGUCGUUACAUCUGGCACAUUCAGCCAGGAAGAAUAUAAGAAAAGUAUAGACUUGACAAGACUUGCUGCAGAGAGAGUUUUCCAGUUUUAUAGGGACUCGCUAUCAAAGAAAUUAAUGCAAUCAAUUUAGUUGCUUCUUUUUCUUGUUGAUUUUUAUGACAAUUAUUUCAUGCAACAUUUGAUUUUUUCUUUUGUUCACUCAUUUUAAAAAAUGAAGAUAAGCCAUGUGUAGAGAAUUAGGCUGUAUGCUAAAAUUUUCAAAUUAACAAGACUUAAAUAGACUAUAAACCUUCUACUUUGAUGAGCACUUGUCUAGCUUAGUGGCUAACAAGUCAUCCUUCCAUUAUGGAGGCUUGGGUUCAAAUUCAGACUCAAGUAACUUUUUUUUAAUUUGUCUUUGAAAAAGGGAAACCUGGCCAUAAUCAGACCACUACACACUGAGCAUGCUAUAAGCAUGAAAGCUGUGUUAGAAAAAAAUUAAUAAAAAAUUUUCAAACUGCACACAUUUAUUAUUCUUAGUCAAGAUCUACUAAAAAUUAAUUACAUGAAUGAUUAAAAAAUAAUUGAUGCUAUUUCACUCAAUAUAAGCUUGCUUUUAAAAAGUAUUUUUUAAAAAUAUUUUGAUCCAUGCAUUAGUUGGUUUUGUUGUUAUAAAUGACUCUAAUAAUGAAAAGAGUUAAUGUUGAUACUGUAACAGAGUAAGAGUAAUCACUCUUGGACCAUAUUACAACAAAUGAUAUUUGAUUUGUUGGCUGAAAGUAGAUCCUGUUGAAAAAUAAAUGGAGGGAAAGGGAGUGAAGAAUGAGUGGAAGAAAAAGAAGUGUGUAUGUGGAGGUGUCUUCACCUUAUCUUUUAAGAAUGUUUUUUUAAUUUUCCAUGCCUGAUGUGUGAAUGAAGCUUUAUUGUUGCAUGUUUGUGAGUCUGUAUUAAAAAUAUUGUCCUGUGGUGCAUAAGGUUAAAAUAAACAGGGACUAGGCAUAGGUUUGUCUCCCAGCUUUAGUUCUAUUGAUUUUUUUUAAUAUAAAAUACAAAGUAGUUGACACCAUGCUUACUACAUAAAAUAGAACCUAAAUGUCAUUUCUUUGUUCUCUUGGUGCUAAAUAGUUCAUAUGUUCAUACUGUCCUUCCAUAAGCAAAUUUGAUUUUUCCAGACUUAAUGUGUAUGAAAGUAAAUAAAAUUAAAUGUAUUGGGUUGCAUGUGAUUUAAGCUAAUGGGCUGUUAAAUCUCUUUUCUCAGACAUCCUAUGGUCAUUCCUUCUCCUCAAAACAAAAAAAUGAAAUUCUAUUAUGUACCGUAUUAUGUUUGUGCUUUUCCAAAUUUCAAAUAUUGCAGCAUUAAAGACAUUGUUCUCUGAACAUUUUUUUCUCAUACUGAACAUAAAAUAAAAACUAGCAGUAAGUUUUCUUGAAUUAUUUAAAGGGUUAUCUUGGCUUCACAAUUACACUAAAGGAAAGCUCCCUUUCAUGUUGUUGUUUUUAAGAGCAGUUGUGCUUUCCACUUUACCUGACUUUGUUAUGAAUUUUAGUAGCUACUGCAUGCGUAUGUCCACUGAAAGUGAAAAGUUCAAAUAAUGUUUGUUUGGAAGUUUGUAGUGAAUGUUAUUCUUUUUAUAACUAUUAUUACACAAUUUAUCCACACUGUA